CUUCCCAUCAGCAAUAGACCGUGAGGUCAAACACUGGGCAAACAGAGAUCUCUGCUGGCUGAGCGUAAACUUCCGACUAAUUACUGAGCUUCUGACCCUCACUCCACACUUGGUCCUUGCUUCUGGGCAUCUGCCUGUCCUCCCUUGCGCAGAGAUAAGCUCGGAAGGAGGACAGAGGGGAGCAUCUCGAUGCCUGCCUGUCACACCCCAACCUUCUCCCGGAGUCAGACAGUCCGGCCUCGUGUAGAGGCCCCGGCUUCUCUGAUGCUUGUUCAAUCUGUUUUCUUCUGCUGGCAGCUGGCAGCUGCUUAUCCUAACAGAACAACCCUGCAAGAUGUUUGCUAAUCCCUACCACGAUUCCCACAUUGCUUGGAACAUUCAACAGCUAUUGCAGGAUUGCAGGAAAGACUUAGUCCCAUAAUUCAGCAAUUCUGUUUCUAAAACAUGCAAAACUGAGCUGCUUCCUGACAACAGGUCAUCCACGUUCCGGGCAGAGCACUUUGGAACAGUGCUCGUUUCCGUAUCGCCUGCUUGAAGAUCAACGCAGGCAACGGCCGCUGAAGGAGAACGAGUCCUAGCCCACUGAGAGCAAAGGAGGGAAGAGAGAGAAAGCAGAGAGGGCUCAGCACUCCCAGCCGGGCCGGGCAGCCGCUGCCGGUGCCCGCGUCACAAUGGGCAGCGGCCAGCACCGGCCACGCUGUCAUCGCGUCGCCGUGGCGACGUUUGUGACACGGGCACCCGGAGGGGUAUAAAAGGCGGAGCGCGGCGGUGGGUCCCGCAUCCUGAAGGAGCAUCUGGCAGAGAGCAGACGCAUCUGAAGGAUGAGCUCCGGCAUGGCUGGCGCCAAGGAGGAGCGAGCCGCCGGCACCAGGCGGAACGGCAGGAGCGAGGUCGGCCCCGCAGCGGGGCGCGCCUCCAGUCCGACAUGCAGCGACACCAAAGAGCGAGUCGCCGUCUGGGAAGCGGUGGCCGCCUACGUACGGGAGCAGCUCCUGGUGCAGAAGGGGGUCUGGAUUCCCACCUUCGGCACCUUUGACACCGUCCCCAAAGACGUCCGGACUGAGGAAGGGACCGUGACUCUGCAGUGGCCCGUGUUUAACCUGGCUUCAAACCUCACAGCCACGCACCACCUCAAGCCCCACAAGGAGUCCCUGCCAGUCCUUAGGAAGGUGGAGCCCAUGAAAUACAGCGAGGUGGCCGCAGCUGCCUCUCUCAACUGGGAGACACUCAGGAGGGGCAUCCAAAGCACCAUGUCCCUGCUCUCCGGCUGCCUGCAGAAUGGGGAGAACGUUGCCAUUGUCCUAAAGGACGUCGGCGUGCUCCACAUUGACGGGCUCACCUUUGAAAUGAAAUACUUCUUUGACUUCCUGGAGAAGCUGUCAGGGAAAGAGAAAUUCAGAAGAGCUGUUUUCAAGGCCCCCUGGCUGCUGGACGUGGUGGUGUCCCGGGUGGCACCGGUGGCCUCCCUGGCGCUCUCCGGCUGCGUUGUGGUCUUUCCCCUGUUUCAAAUGGAGUUUGCACCCAAACCACCACCCGCAGUAUACCGCAGGUCCUCAGGAAGCCACUCUAGUCGGGAGACACCAACGAAAGAAGGCACUUUGCCACCUCUGGACCAGGGCAAGAAAGUGAGAUUUGCUGGCCAACCAACCUUCAUCAAACGGUUGAGCGCAGACAGCGCUGAUGGAGAAGAAUUCAGACGGGUCAGGAGCUUACUGCGGAAGGAGAGCUCCAGGUUCAGUGUGCUGCCAGCGAUCCGGACAGUGCCUGAAGCCCAAGAGCAGCCGGUGACCUGCCAGCUGCAGGGGAAGGCAGGCACAUCAAGCCAACAAGACCUGCGCCCAGCACCGCGAACCAAACGUGUCAGCUUCCUUGAUGAGCAACAGGGGGCUGAACAAGACCAGCACGAGGGUGCGGCGCAAACACUGCAGGCAGCCAAGGCCUCACCCCGUCGCAUGUCCUUGAGGCCAAGACCGCCUUCCAGAAGAGGUUCCGAAUCUUCCUCAAGGGCUGAGUCUGCGGAGCCUCAAGGCAGACCGUCCAGGCUCCCUCGGGCAUGCGACUCCGUGAAACUCCUCAGGAAGAGGGCAAGGAAGAUCAUGCGAGUGCAGAAAGCACUCAAGCAGAUGACACCAUCACCACUGCGUGGUCAGUCCAGCCUGCCUGAGGAGUCUGGCAUGCAGCGACCUGGAUUGCUGCCACCCAUCAAAGAAGAAACGGGGUCUCCCGAGUGUCAGCCUCCGAGCACCCCAACCCCACCCCGCAGGAAGGACACACCCUACCCACACUGGUUCAGGCCUGGGGUGCACACGACCGACAGACUGGAGGCUGCAAGACAGAGGCAGGAAUCCCAUCGGCAUCACCGCUCGUAG